GUUUAGAAGGUAUUUUAAAUUUGUAUUAACCCUUCUUAAUUUUUAGAUAAAAUUCCAAAUAUACUAGCCAUUACAGCAGGAUGGAACCCACAGAAGAUGUGAGGCGUAUCAAUGGGGUGGAAGUUCGCUUCCCAUACAAGCCCUACCCCUCUCAGAUUAGUAUGAUGGCUAAGAUUAUAGCUGGUCUGAAAAACAGACAGAACUGUUUAUUAGAGAGCCCCACAGGAAGUGGUAAAAGCCUGGCUCUGCUCUGCUCUGCUCUGGCGUGGCAAGCUGGACAACGAGAACUGGCAAGAAUAGAAGAUCAGGAGAGAAGCAAUGUAGAAAAUGGGAUAUGUACUUGUAAUAAUGGGAAGACUCUCUCUCCUGGGGCGAAUGGGUGCCCUAUGCCCCAGGCUGCCCCUAUCAUGUCCCCUCAUUUCCCCGCCACACCUGUGAGCCAACCACUAUCCCCUGGAGUUGAUGGAACACCCACGCCCAAUAGUAACAACCCACGCUCAUUGCUAAACACCAGUAAACUAGGAAUCAGCACUCCAGCACAAACCCUAGCGCGGAUGGCUGCUCUGGUCAAGGCUAAUGACACUGAUGAUGAUGAUGAUUUUAAACCCUCUACUAAGAAAUUUCCCACACCUAGAUCUGCACAGACUGUGUCUAGACUUCCUCUACAGCUGGCCUACGAGAUUGUGUCAGGUCAGAUUGCAUCCAAUCAAACUGUGCCAGGUCAGGUUGUGUCCAAUCAAGUUGCACCAGGUCAUAUUGAGUCCAAUCAAAUUGUGCCCGAUCAGGCUGUACCUGUGACUGCCAGUCGAAGAAGGGCCCCUCCUCCUCCAAAACGCAAUUUUCUGUUGUUAAGAUUAGUCUUAGUUAAGAGGACUCAUGUCAAGGAUGGAUUAUGUUUCGUCAGUUUUCAGAUAUUUCAAGGCAUUGGUCUAGACAUUUUUGUUCCCAACUCUGUACAUGUCCACAAUUGUUAUCACUUCUCUUUGUUUGCCGUUUUGUGCAGGAUUCCAAAGAUUUAUUUCGGAACACGAACACACAAGCAGAUUGCACAGAUUGUACGAGAACUCCGUAAAACAUUCUACAGAGAUGUCAAGAUGACCAUCCUGGCCAGUCGGGAACAUACGUGUAUUCAUCCUGCAGUGUCAAAAUCUUCCAGUAAGAACGAUGGAUGCCGGGACUUACUAGAUGGCCCAGGCUGUUUGUUCAACAAUAAUGUGAGAAAGAUCAGUUCCCAGAAUGUACUUCAAAAUUUCUACGGUCAGGGCACGGCCUGGGACAUAGAAGACUUGGUUACCCUUUGCAGCGAGAGGCGUGUUAAAGCUUGUCCUUAUUAUGUGAGUCGAGGUCUCAGAGGAGAGUCAGACAUCGUCUUCUGUCCCUACAACUAUCUGGUUGAUCCCAUCAUCAGGAAAACUAUGGAGAUUAACAUAAAGGAGGAGAUAAUUAUCCUUGAUGAAGCUCACAACAUUGAGGAUUCAGCGCGGGAAGCCGUCAGCAAGUGUAUCGAACACGACAGCCUAACUAAGAUUAUCAAAGAGCUGGACGACUUAGUUAAGAGAGAAGUUAAGGAAUUUGAGCACCAAGAGCUUCUUCAAAUGUGCUCACGAUUGGAUGAUUUUAUCCGGCGGAGUGGCUCUCAGUUGGAGCAGAAGAGUUUCGACCAGGCCAGCACCGUGUGGGCAGGAAUGGACAUAGUGGCCAGGCUUGUCCAGGUGGGCCUGGGGCCUAAGGAGUUCCCUGCUCUGCAGCGUGUGUUAGCAGCAGUGUGUGAAGAGGACGAGGCAGAGAAGCGUCGGGAAGGCGGACUCUUGCCACCCCGCCUCAGCAUGGGAGCUGCUAAUGUCCUGGAUGCAUUGUUCACGAUGCUGGACUUCCUCUACAGAGAGGACCUCCGAUUUGUCGAAGAUUAUAGGGUGGCCAUUGUGAGGUCUACAUCUUACAGCCAGACCAUGGACACGUCUGGCCAGUGGCUGACCAGCAGAAAAAACAAAGGCAGACGAGAAAUGCGCCAAGUUUUCACUCUCAACUUCUGGUGUUUGAACCCUGCAGUGGCAUUUUCGGACUUUGCUCUGGUGCGUAACAUUGUGUUAACCAGCGGUACUCUGUCUCCGAUGAGCUCAUUUAGCUCCGAGUUAGGAAUGUCGUUUCCAAUCCAGUUAGAGGCCAAUCAUGUCAUCAAGGACUCGCAGGUGUGGGUUGGCAGCAUCGGUGAGGGUCCAUCAGGAGGUAAACUCCAGGCAACCUACAGGAACACAGAGACGUUUGGCUUCCAAGAUGAGCUGGGCAAGCUAGUGCUGGAGGUGUGCAGGGCUAUUCCUCAUGGAGUUCUGUGUUUCCUACCCUCAUACAAAAUGCUGGACAAACUGUCAGAGCGGUGGCAGCUCACAGGACUGUGGGGUGAGAUCAUCAAGAAGAAAAAGAUAAUCGCUGAGCCGCGACGAGGAGACAAGGCAGACUUUGAUGACCUUCUCAAAUACUUUUAUGGUGUGAUCGAGGGGGGAGCUGAGGAUGACGAUUAUGACUAUGACGAGACGGAUGGAGCUGAUUCAGAAGUUGACGGGGCACUCUUCCUGGCCGUUUGUCGAGGUAAAGUCAGUGAAGGACUGGACUUUGCAGAUAACAACGCCAGGGUAGGAAUUCCAUUUCCGAAUUUCAAGGAUAUUCAGGUAGAGUUAAAGAGAAAGUAUAACGACAGGUACAACAACGAGCGUGGACUGUUGUCAGGCAGUGAGUGGUACGAGAUACAGGCGUACAGAGCUCUUAACCAGGCCCUGGGCAGGUGUAUAAGACAUAGGUCA